UUCAUGGAAUCAUCCACAGUCUAAUAACAAAGCGUCUGUUGCGGAUGUUGGAUAUUGCUUUUCUGAAACGACAUGUUACGAGUAAAGAGAUACCAAGGCAAGAGAACCAUUGGACUAACCAUACGACAAUCUACACAGAACUCCUCCUCAGGCGUCUUGGACUACGAAACCUUCUACCCCGUCUUCGCGGAAAUGGAAGCCCAGAACAUGAUCCUAAACCUCCACGGCGAAGUCCCAUCAACCCCACCCCACGCCCCUCUCACAUCCGCCUCGGAACCAGCAACUGCAAUCACCAUUCUCAACGCCGAACCGGCAUUCCUCCCCACCUUGAAAAACCUACACACGCGCUUCCCAAAGCUCCGCAUCAUCCUCGAGCACUGCAGCACAGCGGCGGCACUAUCCGCCGUGCGCGCCUGCGGCCCUACAGUUGCGGGAACCAUCACCGCGCACCACCUCAGCCUCAUCAUCGAUGACUGGGCGGGCGACCCAUUUUGCUUCUGCAAGCCUGUAGCCAAGACGCCCGAAGACCGCGAUGCGCUGCUGCGCGCCGUCGUAGGGAGCGAGGGUCGCUUUUUCUUGGGUACGGACAGCGCGCCGCAUGCGCUGGGGAAGAAGAGGGGCGAGGAUAAGGUUGCUGCGGGCGUUUUCACGCAGCCGUAUGCUGUAGGUUAUGUGCUUGAUGCGUUGACGAAGGGGGUUGAGAGGGGCGUGGUGAAGGAAGGUGAUGUCACCAAGGAGGUGCUGGAGGGGUUCUUUUCUGGGUGGGGAAGAAAGUUCUAUGGGGUUCAAGAGAAGGGGGCUAGGAUUUUAGUGAGGAAGGGGAAGGAGAGGGUGGUUGAUGUGUUGAAGGCGGAAGGCGUUGAGGUCGAGGUUGUGCCAUUUAGGAGGGGCGAGGCAACGUGGAGUGUGGAGUGGAAGUGA